CUCAGAAAGUUACAGAGAAAGAAGGUAUAAAGGAGAGACGCAAACCGUACUACUUUUAUCGUUCAAUUCACAUGUGAAUCGUAUCGAGUGUCGUCGGGAUGCGUUUUUGCAUAGUUUUUUAUAUAAUUUUUUUAUAUACGACGACAUUUAAUAUAAUCAAUGAGGUUGAGUGUACAAUCAUAACAGACACAACAAGGACUUUACCGUCUGAUUUUUGGCCAUCUGAUUGGUGGAAAACCUUACGGAAUCUCUUUUCAAAUGAUGGACUUUGGAAGUUGCAUAAAAAUACUGAAGCCGGUAUUCUCAGGCUGGUUUCUCCUUUGAAUGGAAAAACCGGUCCUAUGAUGAUUACAUUCAAGCCCGAAGACGGUCCACGAGCUUCUUACGCAUAUCAGCAAAGAUUUGGAUUUCGUGGUCGCAGACUCAUUGAAUUACUGGGAACCGGUUUUAAUACCUAUCAACGAGGAAUCAAGCGACCUUUGUUAGCAUUCUCACUAACUCCACCUUUUCCAUCUUCUUGGCAAACGUUUUCAGGAGAUCUCUCUUAUGAAAUAGUUUAACAAUAAUAAUGAUGGUGAUAAUGAUUGU